CCCAGGAAGUGACUGCCCUGAUAUCAGGUAGGGGCGCGGGGUGCAGUAGAGUGUAAGCUCUGCUGGUUGGGGGCGGCCUCUUUUCCUGCAAUCUGAAGAAGAGGAUGUGAAGCCUGGAGAAAGGGCAAAGGUGAGAAGGACACAUUGUAACGACAUCCAGCGGUGAUACCCUGCAGAUCAUCACACCUCUGACCCCUCCAGAGAUCUGCAGAACAUCGCUCCAUCCUCUCUACCUCCUGACAGGAUGGCGUCUCCUGCCCGGCCUCUGACUGACCUGGACUUCGGCUCCGGGUGCCGCAUUGAGGAGCUGAAUAAACUGCUGGAGGAGCUGGAGCGGCGGGGCAGCGUCGGUCUGCAGGGGAAGGAGGUCGUCCAGAGCUGUGUCCAGGCCAAGGACCUCAUCUUCUCCCUCAUAGCGGAGGUCCAUCCCCUGCCGUCCCCCAGCACGUUCCUCCUCCUGGCGGGCGGCCUGUGCUCCGGAUCCCUGGACGUCUCUCCCACAGAUUUGGGGUCCCCCUCGCCCUUUGUCUGUCCCUCCGUUUCUUACACCCUCCUGGUGCCCGUUAUCCGCCUCCCAUCCACCAGCCUCCUUGAACAAUCCAGGCCAUGCUGCUGUCUCCUGCCCUCCUCCACCUGGGCGCUGGCCCCCUCCGCCUCACAUAUCUCCCCCCAUGAGGUGGCCCUGUGGUUCAGUGGGGCCCUCCUGUCGGUGGUGACCAGCCUCUGGGAGUCUCCUCUGCCCCUGUCCUUGGAGCGGGCCGAGCCCUGGGGUAACGGCCUCUCCGUCCUCCUUUCCACCCCCACUCUGUUCAUUCGCUUUGACCUUGUCCCUGUGGUCGAGGUCCAGGGUUGGCCCCCAGGGGCCCAGUACCUGGAUGACUGGGGAGUGGAGGAUGGACUACCUAAGGUCUUCCACCUCUUCCCCUGGGGUCCUGGUGGGCAGUGGAGGGUGGGCUUCCCUGGUGUGGAGCUGAACAUGAGGAGGUUCCUGCACCCUGCCCUCUCCCGGACCCUCAGAGGCUGUAACGCUGUCCUGGAGAACAUCCUGCAGGAGGAUGGGGCCCCGGGGCCCUAUGUGGUGUGGGUGACUAUCCUGCAGGCCUGUCAGAGGCUGCCGCGGGGCUACUUGAGUCAGGGCCACAAUGCAGCCUUGUGCUUUCUUGGGCUCCUGGAGGAGCUGUCCCGCUUGUUCCUGAGGGGGUCCUGUCCUAACCCCUUCCUGCCUGGAUGUGACCUCCUUCUGGGAGGCACCCGGGGGCCCCGCCUGGCACGACUCGUCUCCGAGGUCAGGGCCCACCCAGCCAGACACCUGCGGGCAGCGAUCAGAGAGGCCAAGGAGGUGGUGAAAGGGGGCGACAAGGGGGAGAAGGAGGAGGCCGAGGAGGAGAGAGGAUCGGGGUGCUACCCCAGCUAGUGCAUCGUCCUGUGUAGCAGGCUGAAGUCGUCACGGCUCUGGUGAUGUCACCUGUUACAUGGGACUGCCGGUGACAUCUACUACAUUAUCUGUACUCGGUUAUCUGUGGUGAUACAUGGGACUGCCGGUGACAUCUACUACAUUAUCUGUACUCGGUUAUCUGUGGUGAUACAUGGGACUGCCGGUGAAAUCAGCUACAUUACCUGUACUCCGUUAUCUGUGGUGUUACAUGGGACAGCCGGUGACAUCAGCUACCUGUACUCUGUUAUCUGUGGUGUUACAUGGGACUGCUGGUGACAUCUACUACAUUACCUGUACUCGGUUAUCUGUGGUGAUACAUGGGACUGCCGGUGACAUCAGCUACAUUACCUGUACUCCGUUAUCUGUGGUGUUACAUGGGACUGCCGGUGACAUAAGCUACAUUAUCUGUGGUGUUACAUGGGACUUUCGGUGACAUCUACUACAUUUAUCUGUACUUGGUUAUCUGUGGUGUUACAUGGGACUGCCGGUGACAUCAGCUACAUUACCUGUACUCUGUUAUCUGUGGUGUUACAUGGGACUGCUGGCCUCUGUUACAUGGGACUGCCGGUCUCUGUACUGGAGGAGUUCUCCCGCUGUACAUAUUAUCUUCAGAAAUUAAAUUCAGC